AUGUCAAGCUUCCAGCCCGUCAACCCGAAGCCCUUUCUGCAGCAGCAGACGGGCAAGCCCGUCCUGGUACGCCUAAAGUGGGGGAUGGAGUACAAGGGCUUCCUCGUCAGCACCGACAACUACAUGAACCUCCAGCUGGCCAACACCGAGGAGCUGCAGGAUGGGAAAUCCAACGGCAUGCUCGGAGAGGUCUUCAUCCGGUGCAACAACGUCCUCUACCUCCGCGAGCUAUCCGACGAGCAGAAGUGA